AUGAAUACGAAGCAAGAGAAAAAGAGUAUUACUAAUUAUAUUGAAAAGAGGGAGCUUGAAGAAAAGGAGCUUAAAAAAAAGGAGAUUGAGGAAAAGGAAAUUAAAGAGGAAGAGGGCAUUGAGGAGGAAGGGGACUUUAAGGAGAAGGGCGAUAUUAAUGAGAAGGACGAUAUUGAGGAGGAGGGCGACAUUAAGGAAAAGAGCGAUAUUAAAAAAGAAAGAUAUAUUAAAAAGGAGGGGGAUAUUAAAGAGGAGGAGGAUAUUAAAGAGGAAGAGGAUAUUAAGGAAGAAAGGGAUAUUAAAAAGGAAAGGGAUAUUAAGGAAAAAGCUAUUACACUACUAUUAAAAACUCUUUCAUUAAAGGAUCUUUAUUACGCAAUCUUAUAA